AUGAACAGAAGAAUGGUCCUUCUGCCCGAUGGGGCUCUACUAGAUGAGGCGUACCCACCCCUGUUGCCUAAGAACGAGCCACCCGCCGCCUUAGCUUUUCUCACGGACGCGCUCAGACCCCUCGGCAACCAAGACUGUGAGAUCGGAUGCAAGCACGUGCUGGGAGGCCGCUCAUAUAACGUCACGGGCGCGGAUAUGCUGAGGAACGAGGCCAACGCGCAGGUGAAAUAUCUCACCAGGAGGAUGGGCGAUCUCCCGGCCCCAGGCGACGUGUUCACGACGCAUCUUCAUGAAGAGGUGCGGGACUGGCUCGUGUGGCUCGCAGGCUUUGGCGUCGCGCAAGAAGAAAUCGCGGCGUGUUACCUUGAGCUUCGAACAAGGACUCGCUGGAAGCAGUCGCACUCCUGGGCCCUCUCGUACUGGGCAGUCACUUUCCGCCGAGGACUCACCGACUAUCGCGGACAAAUUGCCUGCUUCCCGUACCACGCCCUCGCGUUCUCGCUGGGUAUUGUCAUAAUCUGCCUAUGCGUUACCUACACGACUCGCGUAUACCAGCUAGAGCAGACCCAUGAGGAAACCCACAAGUGGCUGCUGGCUUGGAACGCCCUCCUGUGCCUGGCGCGCAAGAUGCUGGACGACGAGAAGGCGUACGAGAACAGAGGGCAGUAUAUCAUCCACAUACUUGCGCAGAUGGAUCAUAUCAUCGAGUGCCCUCGCGAGAUCCGGUACUUGAGAGACGAGGCAACAGUGCUCGAAACCUUGAAUGCGCAUACGAUCCAUAUUCCUAAUCGGGAGGCACUCGCGAGGGAUAUGGUGGCGCGGAUACGCAAGCUGAUCGACGAGCUCACAUCGACGGGCCGUGCCUCCUCAGACGGGUCGCAGUCCUCGGAUAUGUCACAGCUCCCGGGUGACGCCGAGAGUUCAUCGAAGGCGCGGCUCGACGUGAUGAUCGCCACGACGUGCGAGGAGCUUUCUGCGCGGGAUGCACUAUUUGGACUUUUUAUUCGGUCGAGAUAUGGCGUAUUGCCCACACAACUGCGUCUGAGCAACAUGAACCUUCCUCACCCGCUCUUGGAUGCUGUGGACGACUUGGUCCGCGCCCUCAAGACCUUCCAGCAGCCUGAAUUCAUCCAGGAGACUCUUCAACUUUUCUUUGAUAAUAUGCACGCGCGCCUGGCGUGGAUUGGCGGCCUCGGGCGCGCGCAGCGCGAGAUACGGGAGAAUCUGGCGACGUUGGACGACGUACCGGGCCGGGCACAACUUCGCAGGGUAUCAAACUGCAUCAAGCACCAUUUGCAUGCACUCGAAAGUGCUCCUCUCGCUCCUCUCCAUGACCUAUCCGCCGCCCCGUGGAAGAGACAGGCCAAGCUCGUCCUAAUUGAGGUCUUCAAGUGCUUCAUCCACGACCUUGCGAUCCUCCCGCUCUUUUUUACCCCGACCUUCGAGGGCGGCGAUGGGCUGAUCGAUACGCUGUUCGGGAUUGCGUACGCCUUCUUUGCGCGGAACAAUUUGGAGCCCAUCAGCUCCUGCGCACUGGCAGGACUUCGACACUUUGCCCGCUCGUGUGAGUGGGAAUCCUUCGCAUCUAACUGGCGACCCGACGCGAGUUGA